UGUAUGUUUUAGUAUUUUCUCGUUAAUACAUGUGUUAUGUUUUGUAUGAUGUAACAAUGUACAUUGUUGAUUUGUAUUUUGUAUAAUAUUUUUAUUUUUUUAAACGUAGUACAGAUUCCAGGCGUUAUGGGAAAUGUUUCACCCAUCCAUCAGACAUCGAAUUCAGAGUAGUCUAAGUAGAGGAUAUUCUUGUUAGGCAUUACUCCACCACCUAUUACUAUUUGCACAUAUUCUGUAAUCGUUCCAUCGUGACACAUGUAUGUAUUAAAAACCCGUUCUCAAACUGACAAAUAAUUAAAGCGAAUUUUUACUUCUUCAAAAACAUGAUAGCAAUCGCUAGAUGUCCCCACAUGACCGUCCAAUCUGCCAAGUCCUCCAGUAUCCCAGCAGGCCACAAUAACCGGAAAGUACAUAGAGGGUAAAGCGCGGAUUGGGAAAAAACAGUUUUGAGAAGGAAGCUAACAUUUUAGUGCUGUUUAACUAUAUGCAUAACGGAUUAAUUACCUUUCAGAUCGCUGUAAAUGUGUAUACGUUACUAAGCGUGUGAGUUUAAAUCGCCGAAUAGUAUGUUUUUAUUUUCUUUCACGUUACCAUGACUUCGUAGCCACAGUCACACUGGCCUGCACGCGGGCGUUCAUACCUUUCACAGCUAACUAACAGCUAUCGAACAGUCAGUUAGAUAAAGUUUGACUAACUAGAAACUUGGUUGUUGCUUAAAAAUGUCAGGCUUUAAUUUCGGAUCCGGGUCUAUUGGUUCCACCAACGCUGGCGGAGGGUUUUCGUUUGGAGCCGCUGCCAGUACCCCAGCUGCAGCAGGUACAGGUGGGUUUACUCUGGGUGGAGCUCUGGGUGCUACAGCCCCAGCCUCCACCACCACCACCUCUUCUCUGGGCCUGGGCGGGUCACUAUUCUCACAAAAACCUACUGGGGGGUUCUCCUUUAACACUCCUGCCUCAGGUGCUCCAGCAGCCUCUACAGCCCCUACCACGGGCUUCAGUAUGACCUUCAAUAAACCCUCUGCCUCGGCCCAACCCUUCUCCCUCACUGCAGCCUCCUCAGCCCCCACAGGGGCAGGACUGACACUAGGCUCAGUCCUCACCUCCACUGCGCCACAGCAAGGAGCCACAGGAUUCUCUCUCAACCUAGGGGGUGUGGCUGCAAGUACAGCCCCAUCCACAGGUCUAUCGCUGGGUUCCAGUAUGUUCUCUAACAUGGCUACUACUGGUCUGAGUCAGUCCACUCUUGGAGGACUGGGGUUUGCGUUAGGUUUGGGCCAGACCACUCUCGGAUCAGGGGGGUUGACGUUAGGUUCCCUGGCCUCUACUUCCACGGCGGUGUCAGCGGCCCCCAGCCUUGGACUGGGAGGAGUUGACUUCAGCACCUCCUCAGAGAAGAAAAGCGACAAAUCAUCAGGGGCCAGCCCACAAGACAGUAAAGCUUUGAAAGAUGAAAAUUUGCCUCCAGUCAUCUGUCAGGAUGUAGACAACUUCCAGAAGUUUGUGAAGGAGCAGAAGCAGGUUCACGAGGAGAUCAGCAGGAUGUCAUCUAAAGCCAUGCUGAAGGUUCAGGACGACAUCAAGAGUCUCAAACAGCUGCUGUCUGUCAGCGCUUCGGGACUACAGAGAAACGCCCUGGCUAUAGACAAACUGAAGAUGGAGACUGCGCAGGAGUUGAAGAAUGCAGAUAUAGCUCUGCGGACUCAGAAGACUCCCCCUGGACUCCAGCACGACAACACAGCUCCCUAUGAUUAUUUCCGGUGUUUAGUGGAACAGUUUGAGGUUCAGUUGCAGCAGUACAGACAGCAGAUAGAGGAACUGGAGAAUCACCUUACUACACAGGGCAGUGGAUCACACAUCACACCACAGGAUCUGUCACUGGCCAUGCAGAAGUUGUACCAGACGUUUGUGGCUCUGGCUGCUCAGCUCCAGUCAGUACACGAGAACGUCAAGACCCUGAAGCAGCAGUACCUGGGAUACCGCCGGGCCUUCCUGGAGGACUCCACGGACGUCUUCGAGUCCAAGCGGGUGGCCAGCAAGAAGUGGCAGAGUGCCCCACGCAUCACCACUGGCCCCGCCCCCUUCAGCAGCAUCCCCAAUGCGGCGGCGGUCGCCAUGGCAGCCACGCUGAGCCAGCAGCAGCAGCCCGGCCCAGGGAGCCAGGUGUCCCUGGGGUCUGGCUUGGGAAACCCCUUUGCCUUGGGAGUGGGCUCUAGCUUGGGCACCUCAGGUCUCGGAGUGUUUGGUGGGGGUCCAGGUUUCGGGGGGGUAGCGACGGGGGGCUCCUCAUUUGGUUUCUCCUCUGCCAGCAAGCCCUCGGGAGGGAGCCUGAGUGCAGGUUUUGGAAGCAACAGUACUUCAGGGUUUAACUUCAGUAGCCCCGGCCUCAACGCGUCUGCAGGCCUGACGUUUGGCGUGUCCAACCCUCCCGCCACGGGCUUCGGCACUGGAGGUCCACUGCUGCAGCUCAAGAAGCCCCCGGUGGGAAACAAGAGGGGCAAGAGAUAAGAGGGGCAAAGGGAACGGUUAGGAUUUGGG